UACGUGAAUGAAUUCGUAUAAAUGAGCAGAGAACCCACAGACCGGCCAGUGUAAAGGAAACACCAUCGUUGGUUACGUGCUAUAUCUACCUCUCCUCAGUGACCCUAAGGCAACAUGCAUCUCAGACUCCUCAGCAUCCUGCUCCUCCUGGUCGCCGCUGGGAGCGCGAAGGUCGGCGAGCGAGGCAACUGCCGCAGUGGAUAUUUGCAAUGCAAGGAUAACAUUUGUAUUCCUAAGGAGCUCUUCUGUGACGGAUUCUUCGAUUGUGGAUUCGGAGAAGAUGAGACUGGCUGCUCGAAAGUGAAGGCGAGCCACGACGCCCCCGUGCUCGCCGAUAUCCCGAGAGAGGCAGCGCACUUCGCAGCCGACCCCAGCGAAGCAGAGGCCCCGGUCUUCCCUCUGGAGUUCUUGUGAGGAAAAGGUCUCGCGCAAAAGAUGAUGCACAGGAGAUCGGGAGGCAGUAGUUGGGUGCAAGAAUUGGUAGGGAGGUGUAGUUAUUUUGAAAGCAAGAACUGAUAGGGAGGUGCAAUGCUUUUUGAAGGCCGUUAUUGGGAAGGCAAGAAUGGAUAGGGAGGUGCAGUUAUGGAGAAAGGAAGAACUGAUCGGGAGGUUCAAUUGGGAAGCAUUCGACGCUGCAGAGGAGUGGGGUGACGCACAGCCUAAAAGUACAAGUGUUGAUUUGUGUUCUGGAAGAUUUCUGGCGACGCCUUCGUUAAGAAUGCAGGUUCUAUGUGAAGAAAAAGAGCCUCAUGUGGUAAAACUUCCGAGCCGCUUUUUGACAGCUCUACGUUUCUUCCACUAUUCUGAAUGCAAUUUUGCAUUAUUCAGUAAAUUAUAAUAUCAAGUUAAGGAAAGGCAAUUCUGGAUCGUACGUAAAGAAAAAGUAUCGUUAUUUUGAAACGUUUCACAUUUCACAGUGCUGUUUGUUAAAAUGUCAAGCCAGUUAUAUAUACGUUGUGUGUGUGUGUGUGAGUGUAUGCAUAUAUGUAUGCAUGCGAUGGGUGUGUUUGUGUAUAGAAUCAUAUGUAUGUAUGCAUCCAAGUGUUAAUAUAUGUACGUACAUAUGUAUGUAUGUAUUCUUAUGUAUGGUUAUAUAUGUACGUAUAUGUAUAUAUGUAUAUAUAGAGCACCAAAAUAUAUCUUGAACCAUUAAAUGAUAAAAUAUUUCAA